AUGUCGCGCCCCUCGAGGUUGGUCUGGUUCGGCAGACCUACCCCGGGCGGUAGCACCAGCACUAGCACCAGCAACAUUUCCAGCCGUCACCCCAAAACUCCAGGCUUGCGCGAGCUCGCCGUGGUUUUCGAGGACAUACCAACCUACCGACGCUACAAGCCUGGCACCGGUCCGCGACUGGCCCCGAUAACCCUCCUCCCAGUGCGUGACACGACCGCCUAUAUCCGCGACGAGUUCUUCGUUCCGCCCGCGCUCUCCGUCGACGGUAAGAAGCGUCUACAGUACGUCGUGGGCUGGACCGACCUUCCCGCAGCACGGCUCCAGGUCGACGCCCAAAGGAUAUGCGACUACGUUUCGCCGAUGGCGUACGAGGAGUGGUGCGCCGCGCGCGCUGCCGAGCGGGAUGAGGGGGAGCGCAGGAUCGAGGAGGACGAGAAUGUGCGCGCUGUAGAGAGGGCCGAGGCGGGAAAGAGGAGGAUCGAUAAGAGCACCGGGCUCAGGGGUCCUAGGGGGAGGAAAAGGAAGGUUCCAGUUGCGAUCGAGGCGAGAACUCCACCGCCCGCAACCGCGCCGCCGAAUGCGAAUGAGGAGAAGAAGAAGCCAGGUCGGCCGAGGAAGGACGCGCCGUCGCUAUCUACGCCGUCGAAGAGCAAAAUACUAGAGGAUUUUGAAGGGUUGGAUGUGGAGGGCGACGUCGAUAUGGAAGAGGCAAUAUUCCGGCAGCUGAACGGGGAGGAGCCGAUAUCGACCGAAGGAUCAUAUGACUCUGGCGAAGGGAGCAGUGUGCCGGCGAGAUUGGAACCCUCGGCGAAGAAGCGAAGGACAAAGUCGCCAAGACCAACGCUAUCAAGAUUGAUAUCAGGCAUAGAGACGGACAGCAGCAGGAGUACGCCCUUUGACUCUUCCAGAGGAGGCACCAGCUCGCCAGCAUUACCGCCAUUACCUCAACCUAGCGCUGCUUCACGAGCGGCUCGGCGGCAGGAAACCCCUAUUCUGCCGCCUAUACCUCCGGCCUCCGUUCCUCAGACGUCAACGCCCAUCGCUCCGCGGACCAAGACACACCUACAAAAGCCGUCUCUCCUGUCAAUACGAGAUCCUCCGUCCACGCCUCCGAAACCGCCAGUGAAAGCCGAGACUUCGACCCCCAAACCUACAAAGUUCCCGCCACCAGCACCUUCAACCGCACCACCAAAAGUCAACUCGCCCUCAUAUGGCUCUGGGAAGACGUAUACCCCACCACAUCGGACAGGCUUCACACCGCUGAUCCAAGGCACGACACCAUGGACCAUCUCCCUCGCAGCCUCGGCAGUCUCCAAACAGCUUGCCAAUCUCACGCCUUCACAACCCAUCCAGUCCAUCGAAAACGCAUCUUCCUCAACACCGGAGCCGGGGUUACCCAAACCAGCCACACGCAAUCGCAGGUCACCUCCCGAAGAAAGCUACUCUGCACCGCCCGCCACAACCGCCGGCAGUAAACAGGCGGUCGCGAAGACCCUUCCCGCCCAAGGAGACCAAGACGACAUCGAAGAAGAUAACAUAUACGAGGUUCUCCGCCUAGAAGGUGUGCAAGAACGUAUCGUCCGCGGCAAACGCGUGCGCUUCUUUCACGUCCGCUGGAAGGGUACCUGGCCGCCCGGCCAGAACCCAACCUGGGAGCCCGAAGCCAACAUCCCCCGGUCCCUCAUCAAGAAGUACCUGCUUGCGCAUCCACAGCCGCAGCAGCAGACGGGGGCGAUGGAAAAGUAUCUCGUCCCGUCGUGGCCGCAUCGGAAGUAUUCGUCUGUUUCGGAGGCGUUCGAGGGAGGUGACACAGAUGCCGCGGCCGGCGGGGAUGGUAACAUCCACGACGGCGAGGAGGCGGUCGAGGACGGCAAUGCCGAAGAGAAUAGCGGAGAUGAGCUGCUGCUUGUUACGGACGAGCCGUCUCAACCCGUCAAGCCGACGAUUUCUUGGUAA